CAUCUCCUCACACCCAGAACCCCCCCGCUGAGCCCCAACCACCUUCACCUGGAUCCCCUGCAGAGUCCCAUUGCCCCUGCACCCGGAACCCUCCAACGAGCCACUGUGCAUCCAGAUCUCCCACUGAGCUGCCUGCACACAGAUUGCCCUACACAGAACCCUCUCAAUCCCCCACACUAAGCCCCUCCACACUUGGAUCCUGCUGGGCUGAGCCUGCCCAGCCACACCUGAUGCACCUGGCACAGAGGGGCAGGGCCCCAGGGUGUUUCUGGCCCAGCCCUUGAAUUGUGUCAGGGUAAGGUGCAGCCUCAGUGCUGAGUCACUGUGCAGGGGAAGGUAGGGGCUUCAGGGUGAUCUCCCACCUCAAUGCAGCCAGUGGCCUGUGCUCCCCACUUCCAUGCUGGAGCCACAUUUAUUUAUUGACAAAUAAAAUUUGCAGAAUUUUGCAGAAUUUUAAAAUAUUGUGGGCAUAAUGAUCUCAGCAGUAAUAUUUAAUAAUGGGCUCUUCAAUCUAACAGAGAAAGGGAAAACACAAUCCAGUGGCUGGAGUUGAAGCUUCACAAAUUCAGACUGGAAAUAAGGUGAACGUUUUUAAGUGAGAGUAAUUAACCAUUGAAAUAAUUUACUAAGGGUCAUGGUGGAUUCUCCAUCACUAUGCCCUGGUCUAUACGAGGAGUUGAGGUCGAAUUUAGCAGUGUUAAAUCAAUUUAACCCUGCACCCAUCCACACGAUGAAGCCCUUUUUUUUUACUUAAAGGGUUCUUAAAAUCGAUUUCCUUACUCCACCCCUGACAAGGGGAUUAGUGCUUAAAUUGGCCUUGCCUGGUCGAAUUUGGGGUACUGUGGACGCAAUUAAACGGUAUUGGCCUCCAGGAGCUAUCCCAGAGUGCUCUAUUGUGACUGCUCUGGACAGCACUCUCAACUCAGAUGCACUGACCAGGUAGACAGGAAAAGGCCCGCAAACUUUUGAAUUUCAACUUCCUGUUUGCAUGGUCACCUGCAGCUUGCCACGCUGGCCAGAGCUCAUCAGCAGAGGUGACCAUGAUGGAGUCCCAGAAUUGCAAAAGAGCUCCAGCAUGGACUGAACGGGAAGUACGGGAUCUGUUCGCUGUAUGGGGAGAGGAAUCCGUGCUAUCAGAACUCUGUUCCAGUUUUCGAAAUGCCAAAAUAUUUGUCAAAAUCUCCCAGGGCAUGAAGAACAGAGGGCAUAACAGGGACCUGAAGCAGUGCCACGUGAAACUUAAGGAGCUGAGGCAAGCCUACCAGAAAACCAGAGAGGCAAACGGCCGCCCCAGGUCAGAGCCCCAAACAUGCUGCUUCUUUGAUGAGCUGCAUGCCAUUUUAGGGGGUUCAGCCACCACUACCCCAGUCGUGUUGUUUGACUCCUUCAAUGGAGAUGGAGGCAACACAGAAGCAGGUUUUUGGGACGAGGAAGAUGAUGAUGAUGCAGUUGUAGAUAGCUCACAGCAAGCAAGGGAAGAAACCGGUUUUCCCUACAGCCAGGAACUGUUUCUCACCCUGUACCUGGACCAGUACCCCCCGAACCCACCCAAAGCUGCCUCCUGGACCCGCCAGGUGGAGAAGGGACCUCUGCUGCAUGUGUUUCAAGGAUCACAGGAUCUUCUCCUUCCCAGAGGCUAGUGAAGAUUAGAAGGCGAAAAAAAGGCACUUGUGAUGAAAUGUUCUCUGAGCUCAUGCUGUCCUUCCACACUGACAGAACACAGACGAAUGCAUGGAGGCAGACAAUGUCAGAGUGCAGGAAAGCACAAAAUGACCGGGGGGAGAGGUGGCGGGCUGAAGAGAGGACUAAAGCUGAAAGGUGGCGGCAGCAUGAUGAGAGGAGGCAGGAUUCAAUGCUGAGGCUGCUGAAGGAUCAAACUAAUGUGCUCCAGAGUAUGGUUGAGCUGCAGGAAAGGCAGCAGGAGCACAGACCGGCGCUACAGCCCCUGUGUAACCAACCACCCUCCUCCCCAAGUUCCAUAGCCUCCUCACCCAGACGCCGAAGAACGCGGGGGGGGGGCCCUCCGGCCACCCAGCCACUCCACCCCAGAGGAUUGCUCAAGCAACAAAAGGCUGGCAUUCAAUAAGUUUUAAAGUUUUAAACUUAGUAAAGUGCUGUGUGUCCUUGUCCUUCCCUCCUCCACCACCCCUCCCGGUGCUUCUCUCCUUCACCACCCUUCCCAGGCUACCUUGGCAGUUAUCCCCCUGUUUGUGUGAUGAAUUAAUAAA